AUGGAGGUCCUCAAGGAGCUUCACGCCUCGGUCGCAGGGGCAUGUGAGGCGUCCUUCGACAAUGCCUACCGACAUCUGAAUUCCUCACUGGCCCGCUACGAUGAGCGCGUGCGGGAGGCAGAACAUAACGCACUGAUGGCCAGCCAAGCCAAGAAAGCGGACGAGGACCAAAUCCAAGCACUUCAGUAUGAAGUUUCGGUGCUUCAGACGGAGCUGAAGCGUUAUGAGGUGGGUCCGAAAGAUCUUGAACUCCCCCAGAAAUUCGCCAAUCUGGAAGACGAGUUUUCCCCGAAACAUGUUUGGGAGAACCAUCUGAACCACGCCCAUCCCGAGACCGACAGGCUACCAAAAGGGGUCGAGGCCAAGUACACCGCAUUAUAUGACAACCUGCAGACCUUCAUCCAGACCUGGAGUGGCCUCAAAGCCAGAGUGUUGCAGCAUAAGAAGAAGCUGAGGCAUUGGGAUCGCCAACUGGAACGGGAUGAAUUCACGCUGGUGCGCAAUGGUUUGCCGGUCACUUUUCGAAAGGUUUCAAGCGACCUGGACAAGAGAAAGCACAAGACCCCAGUCUCUUCUCGGAAACGAUCACAUUCAAAAUCUAAUGAGGCCUCCGAGGCACCUUCGAAUGACCAUAACGCCUCACCGAACCAGAAUUUAGCGGCAGAUAGGAAUUCAAACAUCAAGACUGAGCAGCAAAGCCAGAGCAUAACUCGCUCAGAACCACCAGAGCCACCUUCAACCCAGUCUAGUUCCCCUAGACGUGAUCUCACAUCUUCUGAACCCGGCUCUUUCGAAGGUCAGGAUGCCCUGCCAAGUGUGCCACCGCAGAAGAGAAAUCGAAUGCCAUGGAAAACUCCUUCCAAAAACAAUGCAUUGCCCCAUAGUCAUUCAAGAGGUGUUGUUCCUGAUCAACCGGUGUUCAUUAAAAGUGAACCUUUGUCCUCGAGUCCAGUGCGGCAGCCGUCACAGUCACUUGGACAGCUUCCUCCCGGCACGCAGGAUCUUGACGAGAUUGGCAUAACAGUACCAACGCCCACGAAACGCAAAGCCGAGUCCAGGAACGUCUAUCCCCAGGACACACAGGCUUCUCAUGGCGACUUCGACUUGACUCAGCCUUGCCCUCAACGAAUACGGCCAGACGAUCAGUUGCCCCAGCCAUCUGUGCUCCAGCCUAUUGAUGGUAAUGCACGCACUCUCAAUGUUUCUGAGCAUGUAUCCGACACCAAAAGACGGAGACAGAUGGAUAUGGACCAGCGCGCGAUACCCAGCCUAGCCGAAGAUGGUGACCGAGGCGACUGGGAUAUGGGGCUACCGAAUGCGAAGGCGUCCAGCAAUAUCUCUCGGCGACGUCUACACGAUCUUCUAGAGGGAUCAUUGCCAACUAAAUCAUACCUGGGAUCUCCUCAUACCACCACAAUUACUGUCCAGGGCCCCACAGAUGGACGGCCGACGCCUCCGAGAACCCGUGCGUCAUGUAGAUCUUCCACUCCGGUGCCUGCCCUGCCGCAAUCGGAGAGGAAGACUGGUACGCAAACAAGCCCAGAUGACUUGCCCCCGGAAGUGCGUCCCGAAGACGAACCAUUCCGUGCUCUACCACUGGACCGGUUGACUCUGAACCAUUUUAAAAUCAAUCCCGCGCGAAACCAGGGGGUUGACUACGCAUACGACGCGGUGGUUCGCAGGAAAGAUGACCGGAAAUGUCUCCUCGGCUGUACUCGCCCAGGAUGUUGCGGAGAUCAUUUCCGUGGCCUAGCUCGUCUUGGUGGUCUGCCAAAUGCGAUCGAGGCAAACCAGGAAGAGGAGCAGAGGAUUCUUGAAGAAUACAUGGGCGAUGAUCAGCACCUGCUUGCCGGACUGAGCGGCCAGGAUCGCGAGGACCUCCUGGUAGAGGCGAGGGCCCGAAUCAUGGCCAACCAAUACGGCAGACACCGACACACGCACCAACGCGCGCAAACACCUCCCGGGUUCUGGCGGACCGAGAUGCCCGACUCCCAAGAAGAAGAAUGCGACCGCAAAGCAGCGCGGCGCCUGGAGCGGGAGAAGGUCGAGGAGCGCUAUCGCGAGGCCAUGCGGCCGGGAGGGGUAUGGCAAUGGGCGGAUGAAUAA